AUUCUGGGUAAAAAGAGUAAGAAGUAUGGUCUGGCUUACUCAUUGCUAGAGCGUUUGGAGAAGAAAUACCAGGAGUUUGCAGGCAAGCAACAGGAUUUUAAGUACCUGAAAUACUUAGCUACAAAUUAUCGUUGUUGCCCUGAGAUUGUGAAGUUCCUGUCAAGAACAAUUUACAAGUACCCAAUUGCCUGUGCACCUGAGGCAUGUUCAGAAAAACAGCAUCCAGCAAUACGUUAUCCUCUUGUAUUUUAUUGGUGUGACUGUAAUGGCACUCCAAGUAAGGAUCUAAAAGGACUUAUGGAGUUUGUAGCUGAUGCAGUUGUGCGACAGGCACAGCAUUAUUUUUCUUUAUGGUCACGAGAAUAGAUUCAUGUUAAGAUGAGUGAUGUGUGUAUUAUAUCUCCUUUCAGAACUCAAUUAAAUAUAAUUGAAUCUAAGUUAAAAAAGGUUGGUUUGGGUGAACUAACACUUUUGCCGUCAUAUUUAAUUCAAGGUCAUGAGUUUCAAGCUGUUGUUUUGACCACAUUUGAGCCACUUGAAAGUGAUGGCACAAGUAGUAAUCCGACAAAGAGUCUAACAAAUCCUCAGAUUUUUAACACAGCUGUUAGUCGGUCAAAAUCUUUUGUUGUUGCUGUAGGUGAUCCCUUCUCUCUGCUUAAAGCUGAGAUGCAAUUUCCAGACCGCUGCUGGAAACACUACUUGAGGAUUUGCUUGGAAAAUAAUACAAUCUUUUUUCCUGAGUCUUACAAACAAAAGCAAAGAGAUAAUUUAAAGAAAAAACUUAGCACAGAGCUACUUGGAAUACCAGUGAAAGCAAAAAGUGUGGACUAUAUUACGCAUAGUGAUCAAAUUAGCCCAUUUUUACCUAGCAAAACAAACUGAUAACAUUAUAAUACUUAUUUAUAUGUGCUUUAGAAACAUGCAGACAUUUUUAGAGAUACUUGUACAGUAACUGUUAUUGUAAAUUUUCCUGUGUUAAAUGAA